UGUUAGUACCAACCAAACCAACGUCCAGCGUCUGUGGUCUGCUUCGCUUCAGCUGUUGUCAUUGUCAUUUUCAUUUGUCAAUUUAAUUGUGUGUCGUGCCGUACGUCAUCAUCGUUUAGUUUGUAAACCUCGAAAUUGAUAAGUUUGAAGUUUUCAUUAAGUGAAUCAAUUAUAUAUAUAUAUAAAUAAGUUAACACUCCAGUUAGGUCAGAACACUUACAGUACUUACGGUUUCAAUUAAAAGAAUGACUUGGUCGCAAUUCCGGAUCAACUCUGACGCUUGAUUGAAGUUUGAUUGUUCAAGAUGGUGUUGGUCAUAAGCGGAGUGGGGCAGGAGGAGCCUCCGCCAGACACUCGCAGUCUGUUUCUGACACACCCUGUAUACAGAGACUCUGCUGCCCAGUUUGUGUCCAUCAGCACCAAGGUGAUCGGACCGGUCGGCCUGUUGUACGUCCAGCAGAGGGAAAUGGCAGUCACGGUUCCGCAGGACAAAAACGUCACAAUUGUUGGAUCAGACGAUGUCACAACAUGUAUAAUAGCCAUCCUGAGGCAUACAGGGUCUGGUGCUGUCGGGUUGGCACACUUUGAUGGUGCAGGUACAGAGGAGGGAGUUCUCAACAUGGUACACAGGGUACAAGAGUUGGCCAUGUCAGGCUACUCGGAGGGAAGGUACGAGCUGUCCCUGGUUGGUGGGUUCUCGGACUCACACAACUAUUCGGAGGAGCUCUUCUACAACCUCAUGCAUGCAUUUCAUAAGCAAGCCAUUGAGAUAGACCUGGUGCUGGCGUGUAUAGGGGAACUCAACACUAUUGUGAGAAACGGAGUACAUUGGCCCAUCCUGUACGGAGCGGGUGUAAAUGUAAAGACUGGAGAAAUAUUCCCUGCGACAUUCCCAGACAAAGGUCCAGAGCUAGCGUUGCGCAGUGCUCGUCACCUGACGGGAGGUCAACAGAUUCUGGACAUUUACGACUGUAACCUGGGUCUGCUGAGGAUCGGCCCGUUCAACUACAACCCUCUGCGAGGAGUGGAUCUGUGGCUAGAACAGCCUGACGAGGUUAUCUUGCAACACCUGUCCACCACCCCUGACGUCGAACCUCCACACUUCGUCAUGCAUAUUAGAGCGACAUUAAAGUACAUACAAGACAAUCCGUUCCCCGCGGUCACAGUUUUCCGAGACAAUCGACCGCAUUACUACAGAAGAGACGAACACACAGGGGCGUGGUCUCCGUUCCGGUACUGAGACCCCUCCAACGCUGAGCAAAUCUACGAUAAUCAAAUAUUUCUAGGGAAACGUACUCCUGUCAGAAUCGAUGGUGCAUAUCGGCUGGUAUACUACACAUCUGCCUUCUUACUAGAUUUAGUUUAUCAUUGGAUGUUAUUCCCAUUGUUAGAAGCCUGGAGAUUUAGUUAGCACAAUUGUCACCAGAUUGUUAAGGUUCUUCGUAAAAAAAAGUUGGAAACUAUGUAACAUACUGCUCAAAAUAAAAUACGUAUCACAAUCUUCUCGAAAGAUCAAAAUCAAAACUAGAAUUUGUAUAUGAUAAUAAUGAACUUUUUGAGUGUUUACAGCUUAAAUGUUUAAAUCUUUUAUGAAGUUAUACAUAAAUGAGAUGUUCCUUGUUAUUCAACAUUGUAAAUCACAAGUUGCACCUCUAAGUUAAUGAUUAAAGUCCAUAAAGGCUGUGACCUUGGAAUAAAUACAAUGGAUGUCAAGUGAUGAAAUGUGCCAUUCCACUAGUGAACGAUCACUUGCCAUAGCCAAGUGACGGGAAAUAUCACUUAGGCUAAGUCGAUGUAUAUAACUUUGUAGAUGGUGGAUAGAAGACUUUGGUGUGCAAGUGAUUAAUAUUUUAUCUGGAGUCUUAGAUAAACUCGGAGACCAAAUUUGUGAUAUCUCCUAUAUGGAUCAGCUGAGUGGAUUACUUGCCUUUUGACCAGAAGGUUGCCGGUUCGAACCUAGGUAAUGUCAUAAGAUUUUUGAAGCUUUGAAACUGGACACAGCUGUCCUUGAUCCUUAAGCUUUAUAAAAGGUCCUGGCUAAAAAGAACCAGCUGAUCUUGGUAACAAUUAAAAUUUGUUACUAGUUUUUAAUUGUAUGAAGGAAACGUUAUUGUUUCACUAGUUUUUAUGUUAGAACGCAUCACUGUUUUCAUAUCCACCGUGUAGACAUUAGUAGGCCAUUUCCUGAAUCAGAUUUUCUAUAAAUAAUGUUGUAUGAUAAGAUUUUAUAUUUUAUUAAUAAGUGUAAAAAUCAAGCUAUUGCUCUUUAUCAAUUAUAUGUUAAAAAAUAAUGUUAGUUUUAAAUAUUUUGUUAUUACCUUAUAUGUAAUUCAUUUUUGUUGAAUAGAGAUAUUAAACAGUUUUAUUUAUAA